GUUUUCUUCCUUGAUUGUGUUAUGAUGGCGCCAACAAGUUACCUGGUUCUGCUCAUCAACGUGGCUCUCUGUCAUGGCGGCUCCUUGCCCAAACUAGUUUACACCGGCGAUCACUGCUCUAAAACCUACCUUGUACAGGACGCUGUCGUAUUCAAAAACUCGUUUUUUGCUGACACCAACUGCACCAUCACCAUCAAGCCGAAGAGAGGCAACAUAACUGUGGCAAGUUUCUACACAUACAAGCAAAGCAACGCUGGCACUGUUAUAGCCAGCAUCAUACAAAACGGUCGCUGUCAGGAGUAUCUCAAGUUGACCAAUACGGAUGAGAAUGAUCAACUGCUGGGUUCCAAUGGCUAUUGUGCCACGGAAAAACCCACGAAACAAUACAAGCUGGGGUCGACGGGAGUGUUCCAGUACCACAGAGAUUCCAGUUGGUCGGCUCGCUACUUAAGCUAUGAUCUACUGGUCUCGGAAGUUUUUCUAAAACAAAACUCCGCUGACAACUGUACGGCUGGAACUUUCGACUGUCAGUCCCAGAAAUAUUGUGUCAGUGACGAGGUCAAGUGUAACAUCUAUGACGACUGUGGCAAUAGGGAGGAUGAAACGGUGGGCUGUACAGGUAGCUUCAUAGGCUACAGCCCUGUACUGAUGCUGUUCCUGGCUGUUCGCUGCCUGCGGUCUGUUACGUUGUAACCCAAUCAUCGAACAGCUGACUUGAUGUUUACUUCUCGCUUUAUGUAAUCAAUAAUCAAUAACCAACGAUAAAGGUAUCAAUGUUUAGUGCGAAUGGUGGAUAAUUUCUUUCAAAUCUAGAUGAAAACUGGCCAGAUCAAGUGUGGCUCCCCUGACGGACUAAAUGGUCAGUCAGUCAGAUGUGAUCCUUUCUCAGCAUGUGGAGCAACAGGAUUGGACGGGUGAUGGACAGGUGACCGCUAGAUUGCCAACCUGCUACAGACAGUGGACACUUUUGUUAGUGGUCAACUGGUUGUCAGUUGGUGGUCAACUGGUUGUCAGUUGGUGGUCAGCUGACUGGCAAUGUUCCACUAGCUGUCAGUCAGUGGUCAACUAGCUGUCAGUCAGUGGUCAACUAGCUGUCAGUCAGUGGUCAACUAGCUGUCAAUCAGUGGUCAACUAGCUGGCAGUCAGUGGUCAACUAGCUGUCAGUCAGUGGUCAACUAGCUGGCAGUCAGUGGUCAACUAGCUGUCAGUCAGUGGUCAACUAGCUGUCAGUCAGUGGUCAUGUAGGAGAUGACGUGAGAUAGGGCUUGAUGUCAUGUAGAACAUGUGACGAUGACAGCACUGAUGGGUUCACGUCUAGUUUCAACUUGUAAUCACACCCUGAGAGAGAAGGUUCCAGAAAGUUGCCUUACAAUGUUCUGUUUGAUUCGACUGAUAUUCACUUCUGUACAAUGUUCUGUUUGAUUCGACUGGUAAUUCACUUCUGUACAAUGAAAACUAUUUUUUAGCCUUUCUAUUUCAGCAAAUAAAAUAAGUUACAACC